CCCCAGUCAUUCAGAAUGUCUCUGUGCGAAUGGUACGCGAAUCGCACGGUGCUCCUCACGGGAGUCACCAGCGAAUUAGGACGUGUUCUGCUGGAGAAGAUCCUGCGAUGCUUGCCGAAAGUCACGGUGUGCGUCAUUCUCAGAUCUCGGAACGGUCUCAGCAUCGAGGACCGGUUGAAGAAGAUAUUCGCAUCACCCGGGUACGAGCGACUGAAGCAGGUGAUGCCGGACGCGAUCUCGCGCGUGAAAACAUUCGAGGGCAAUCUGCUUUACAACGAACUUGGCCUAAGCGACAAGGACAAAGCCUCGUUGAAGGAAGUUACCGUGGCCUUUCAUGCCGGCGGACCGCACGAAGUUGUCCUGGAAUAUUGUCAGAAAUUACCAAAGCUCAAGAGCAUCGCCAUGGUGUCCAGCAUUUUCAGGCAUCGCGGCGAAGUAACCGAAAAUUUGCAAAACGAGAUGAUUCCCGACUUACCUAUUGCCCUAGUGCGCUUUCCCUUUGUCGGACCGGCGUACAAAGAACCUAAGCCGGGCUUUGUCGAGAUUCUUAAAGGACCCACUGCCCUUAUGGUUGGCGCAGGUUUUGCGUACGGCAACUCGUCGUUUCAAGCUGAGAUUAUUCCGAUGGACAUUGCGGUGAACACGAUGAUCGCGGCCGCGUGGGAAGUCGGCAUAUCGAAUGUUUCGAAGCCGGUGGCCUAUAACGCGGUGACGUUGGGCUGUACGUGGGAGGAUCUGAUUAAAAAUAACCAACGAGCCAACUGGAGAUUUCCCUAUCCGACUUUCGGAAUUCGCGGAAUGACAUCCAUCGCGCCGCUGUACUGGAUUUUGGUCCUGCUCUUCGAAUGGCUACCAUCCUUACUCUGCGAUAUAGUGCUCAGUCUGUGCGGCAAAAAACAGAGGAUUCUCGCAGAGUACGAGAGAGUUCGUAAUGCACUUCAAUCCCUGAAGCCAAUUUCAUCGAGAAUGUGGUCAGUGAAAAGAAAUCGCGUGUAUCUGCUGCAGAAACGUCUCACGGAGGCAGAUCGAGAUGUAUUUCCGGUUACAGCGGAAGUCGACAUCGAGGCGUAUCUCCUUUGCGCUGCAGCCGCUGCCCAGAAGUCCUGCGUGAACGAGGACAAUCUUAAAAUCAUUAGGAUUAUUCAUUUGUUCUUAUUAUACGCGCCCGUAAUAUUCAUUGUUGCAUACAUUGGGUCACGCACAUUGCUGUCAGGUGAAUAAAAUUUUAAUAUUAAUACAAAUAAUUAAGAAACUUUUACAUAUAUAGAAUAUCUUUAUACAGGCAGGUUUUUAAUUUGCAAAAAUUUCUAAUACAAAGAACACAAUGUUUAUGAGACAUUUAUAUAAUUUGAACAAGUAUAUAUAUAUAUAUAUAUAUAUAUAUAUAUAUAUAUAUAUAUAUAUGUAUAUAAAUAUACAUAUAUAAUUUAAAUAAAAAUGUUUAUAUAAUAGAUUAUUAAGAUUAAUAAGAUUAAUAAGAUUAAUAAAUAUGUUUGCACAUACAAUUGCAUGGUUUAAAAUAUAUUGCACGGUUUAAAACAUUCUUAAAUUUUAAUUUUAUUUUCUAUAUUUUUAUUGUGUAGCUUUAUUUAAUCUAUUAAUAGUUUGUGUCAACAAUAUUAAUAGUACGAGCUCUAUUCAUUCUACUAAUCAUUCAUAAGAUAUAUUUCUGGCAUAAAAAAAUUGAUAGUAUUUAUGAAGUCCACAGUUUUUAGAAGUCUACCUGAUCAAAAUCGUACGUAACGCUUUGUAAAUAUUUGUGACGCAAGGUGUCUACUUGAUAAAAUACUAUUUGAGUGAAAGUUCUAGGCGUCACAAUCCACUCGCCUUCGCGCGUAUAGCAGUAUCAACGAAGGCAUAUUUCUGGGCACGUUCUCUCUUAUGUAAUAACAUCGCGCUGACUUGCCCUCAUUGCAUCGAAAAAGAUACAAGUAAAGUGGGAAACAUUAUUUGCAGAUUUUAUAUAUUUUCUUUUGAGAAUAGAAAAGAAACGUGAAAACUUCUCGAUGUGCGAUAUAAAGAUCGUUUUGUUUCGAAGCCGCAUGUGUGGAAAAUGCAUCUUGAUGAUAAUACUUUGAUGCUUAUUUUUAAAGCAAUUCUAAGAAAAAAGAAGGACACACGUGAAGAUGUAAUUUCUACUCUAUUUGCGUACAUAAUUAUUUUGUAAUAAUUACUGCAUUAACAGUUUUGAAUAGAAGGAUGCAUAUCUUAUAUGUAAUAAAUUGAUACUAGACAAAUUA